CAGCAGCAGCAGCAGCAGCAGCAGCAGCAGCAGCAGCAGCAGCAGCAGCCUCUCCUUCCCUUGGGCGAUGGUCACUUCUUCCUGCAGGCACUGGGCCUCGCAGGCCACCUCAGCCAGCCGGCUUAUGUAUCCCUCCAAAGAGGGAGAGCAGCAGCAGCAGCAGCAGCAGCAGCAGCAGCAGCAGCAGCAGCAGCAGCAGCAGCAGCAGCAGCAGCAGCAGCAGCAGCAGCAGCAGCAGCAGCAGCAGCAGCAGCAGCAGCAGCAGCAGCAGCAGCCUCUCCAGCAGCAGCAGCAGCAGCAGCAGCAGCAGCAGCAGCAGCAGCAGCAGCAGCAGCAGCAGCAGCAGCAGCAGCAGCAGCAGCAGCAGCAGCAGCAGCAGCAGCAGCAGCAGCAGCAGCAGCAGCAGCAGCCUCUGCAGCAGCAGCAGCAGCAGCAGCAGCAGCAGCAGCAGCAGCAGCAGCAGCAGCAGCAGCCGCCUCUCCUUCCCUUGGGCGAUGGUCUCUUCUUCCUGCAGGCACUGGGCCUCCCAGGCCACCUCAGCCACAGCAGCAGCAGCAGCAGCAGCAGCAGCAGCAGCAGCAGCAGCAGCAGCAGCAGCAGCAGCAGCAGCUCCCACAGCAGCAGCAGCAGCAGCAGCAGCAGCAGCAGCAGCAGCAGCAGCAGCAGCAGCAGCAGCAGCAGCAGCAGCAGCAGCAGCAGCAGCAGCAGCAGCAGCAGCAGCAGCAGCAGCAGCAG